CCGAAUCAAUUCAUUUCCAUCCGGUCCAAACCAGCCGAUAUAUCUCAAUUUCAACAAUUUAUAGACAACAAACUUCGAACUCUUUGGGCACGCUUCUCUCCCUCCAAAACCCCCUCAUAUAUCCCUUUCCCCUUUUCUCCUCUUCAUUCUAGGGUUAGGGUUUCCACAAUCUCCUCCCAUUCUGCAUGAUCUUUCCCGAUCUUCAUCACCAAAAACAAUCAAUCUCCACCGGAGAAGAUGCCGUUAUUCAUCUCCGACGAAGAAUACGCCCGCUGCUCUCACGACGCAUCUCUAAUCUCACAAAAAGCCGACGCAUACAUCAAACAACUCUACAAUCAACUCGAAACUGAAAAAGCUCAACACGAUGCCUCUUCCAUAACCGCCGAACAAACCUGUUCGAUUCUCGAACAGAAGUAUGUUUCGCUCAAAUCGGAAUUUGUCACGCUUCAAUCGCAACACGCGCAACUCAGUUCGACUCUCGAAGAACGUGUCUCUGAAGUCGCUCAGAUUCAAGCGGAUAAGCACCAGAUUUAUCUUCAAUCGAUUGGCAAAGAUGGUGAGAUUGAGCGGCUGUCACUGGAAGUUUCAGAGCUACAAAAGUCAAAAAGUCAAUUGCUGCAGCUGAUCGAACAUAAGGAUUUGGAGAUUAACGAGAAGAAUUCCAGCAUCAAGGGUUAUCUCGACAAGAUUGUUGCCUUGACUGACACUGCUUCUUCUAAAGAAUCUCGUAUUAGUGAAUUGGAAGCGGAGCAUGCACGGAUUCACGCUUCUUUGGCUCGUUUGACUCAAGAGAAGGAGUUAGUCGAGAGACAUAAUCUUUGGCUUAACGAUGAGUUGACUACCAAAGUCAACAGCUCGUUGGAGCUAAGAAAGACGCAUAACGAACUAGAAGCGGAUAUGUCUUCUAAGCUUGCUGACAUUGAGAGAAAGUACAACGAUACGUGUAACACGUUGAAGUGGAAGGACGAUAGAAUCAAAGAACUCGAGUCGAAACUUGAAGCUUUACAGAACGAACUCUGUUCAUCGAAAGAUACGGCUGCAGCCACCGAGGAACAGCUGUCAUCUGAGCUGUCCACUGUGAACAAACUCGUCGAGCUUUACAAAGAGAGUGCAGACGAGUGGUCCAAAAAGGCCGGUGAGCUUGAAGGCGUUAUCAAGGCUCUCGAGACGCAUGCUAGUCAAGUCGAAAAGGAUUAUAAAGAAAAAAUCGAGAAAGAAACGUCUGCUAGAAAACAAUUCGAGAACGAAGUUUCACAGCUGAAAGAAAAACUUGCGAAGUGUGACGCAGAUUUGGAAAAUUACCGAAAUUCGGACCAGCUUAAUUUGUUGCAGAUGAGCAGUUACAACACAAAAUCAUAUGAUGUGAACAACACAAAUGAAGAUAAUAAUAAUAAUCUUAUGCUCGUUCCGAGUAUUCCGGCAGGUAUUUCGGGGACUGCGUUAGCUGCAUCGCUUCUUCGCGACGGUUGGAGUUUAGUUAAAAUGUAUGAAAAAUACCAAGAAGCGAUUGAUGCUUUUAGACACGAGCAAUUGGGAAGAAAACAUUCACAGUCGAUUUUGGAACGUGUUUUGCAUGAAAUCGAAGAGAAAGCUGAGGUCAUAUUGGACGAACGUGCAGAACACGAAAGAAUGGUCGAAUCGUAUGAUAUGCUGAAUGAAAAGUUGCAGCAUUCGCUUUCGGAACAAACUGUUCUCGAGAGAACGGUUCAGGAGCUAAAGGCGGAGUUAAAAAAACACGAGCGGGAUUACAAUAUAGCCCAAAAGGAAAAUGUUGAUCUUCAGAAACAGGUGACGGUGUUACUGAAGGAAUGUCGUGACAUACAGCUUCGUUGUGGAUCUGUUAAUUAUGAUGAUUCAGCUGUUGAAGACCAGAUGGAUGUUGGUUUGGAUUCUGACAGUGUUUUCUCUGACCGUAUGUUGACUUUUAAGGAUAUAAAUGGAUUAGUUGAGCAGAAUGUACAGCUUCGGGGGAUAGUUCGUCUUCUUACCGAGCAGAUCGAGAGGAAAGAAGCCGAGAUGAAGGAGAAUUUCGAGAAAGAGUUUCAAAAACAAUCUAAAGAAACCGCUUCUAAAGUUGAGGCAAUAUUAGCUAGAGCAGAAGAACAAACACAUAUGAUUGAAUCGCUUCAUACUUCCGUUGCUAUGUACAAGCGAUUAUACGAAGAAGAACAUAAACGUCAGGUUCCUCAACUGCAAUCUUCCGAUCCCGAACCAGUUGACGUACGAAACAAUCUUCCACUUCUUCUUGUAAGUUCUCACGAUGAUUCUUCGAAACGGGCACAUGAACAAGCGUAUGAACGUAUAAAGGUUCUAGAAGAGGAGAUGACGGGGUUAAGAAGCGAGAUCAUUACGUUGAAGGCCCAGCGUGACAAGUCGACUUUAGAGGCGACUUUUGCUCAUGAUAAACUCGAUAGAUUUAUGAAAGAUUUUGAUCGUCAACGGGAAGAAAUGAACGGUGUUAUAGCAAGAAACGUUGAGUUCUCACAGUUAAUAGUUGAUUACCAAAAGAAGAUUCGCGAAGCUUCUGAAUCAUUGCAUAUUGCGGAAGACAUGUCACGCAAGCUAAACAUGGAGGUAUCAGUUUUAAGACGUGAGAAAGAAAUAUUAGUAAAUUCUGAAAAACGAGCGUUCGAGGAGGUGCGUGUUAUGUCGGAAAGAGUUCAUCAAUUGCAGGCUACUUUGAACACGAUUCAGAGCGCUGAAGAAGUGCGAGAAGAAUCUAGAAGUGCUGAUCGUUUGAGCCAAGAAGAUUACGUUAAAAGAACCGAACGGGAUUGGGCCGAGGCUAAAAAAGAGCUUCAACAAGAACGUGAUAAUAUUCGUAAACUCACACUGGAGCAUGAAUCAGCUAUGCGAGGGUCAAUGCAAAGAAUCGAGGAAAUGGGUAAAGAGUUAGUUGAUGCUUUACGUGCGGUUUCGGAUGCUAAUGCUCGUGCUUCUGCUGCCGAAGAACGUUUAUCUCAGUUUGAGAAACUCAAGGGUGUUGUAGGAAACGACGAGAAUGCGAACGCGCUUAUCCCCUCAACUACCAACGAAAUGUUCGCGUUAAAGGAAGAGAUUGAGAAACUGAGAGUAGAGGCUCAAUCCGACAAAGAACACAUGUUGCAGUAUAAGCGAUUAGCACAGGUAAACGAAGCUGCGUUAAAAGAAAUGGAAGUUCGACACGAGCAGUUUAAAUCGGAGGCGGAAAAGGUGAAGAAAUCGUUGGAAGACGAAAUCGAGUCGUUAAAAGCGCAGGUUAAUCAGCUUCAAGACGGUUAUCAUUCAAAGGAAAAAGAAGCAGCUUCUGCUGCCGUAUCGCAAGAACAAGCUCUUGCUUCUUCGUGGUCUGAGAUUUCAAAAUUGAAAGAAGAAUGUACGGCAAAAACGUUGCAUGUCGAGGCUUUAGAGUCGCAGUUGUCGGCAAUGAAAGACGAUUUGGAGAAAGAGCAUCAAAGAUGGCGUACCGCUCAAGACAAUUAUGAGCGACAGGUUAUCUUGCAGUCCGAUACAAUUCAGGAGUUGACCAAAACAUCACAAGAACUCGCCUCGAUUAAAGAAAAAGCUUCGGAACUCCAAAGGGUAUUCGACAUUCUCAAAGCCGAAAACGAUGAGCUAAAAAGCAAGUGGGAGACCGAAAAGAUGGUUCUAGUACAGUCCAAAGAUAAAGCGGAGAAAAAGUUCGAUGAAAUUAACGAACAGAACAAAAUCUUGCUUGAUCAACUCGAGGCGUUACACAUUAAACUGGCGGAAAAGAGUCAGGGUUCGGGUGCACAAUCGUCUGAUGACGGUGGAUUACAGAAUGUGGUGAAGUAUUUAAGGCGGUCGAAAGAGAUUGCGGAGACUGAGAUUUCGUUGUUAAAGCAGGAAAAGCUACGGUUACAGUCACAGCUUGAAGGUGCGAUGAAGGCUGAAUCAGAAGCUCAAGCGUUACUUCGAGCCGAGCGAGAAAAUUCUCGAGCGGUUCAUUUUACAGAGGAAGAGUUUAAAGCGUUACAGGUUCAAGUUAGAGAAAUGAAUCUGCUUAGAGAAAGUAAUGUACAGCUUCGAGAAGAAAACCGUCACAAUUUCGAUGAAUGUCAAAAACUUCGUCAGUCAAACCAUAAUGCGAAUAUCGAAGUUGAGAAUCUUAACGGUUUGCUUGUUCAAAGGCAGAAUGAGGUGGAAGCGUGUAAGAGAGAGACAGAAACGUAUAAGAAAAACCAAAAAGAUCUAGAAACGAGAAUCGGUGAGCUGGUUGACAAAUUUAAAGAUAUGGAUCCCGAAGAAUACGUUCGAAUGCGAGCGGAAUUCCAACAGAUGAAUGUGAAAUUGUCGGAUAAAGACGGACAGUUGGAGGAGAUUAAGAAACUUGUUUCCGAAAAACAACUGGUGAUAGUGCGGUUGGAGCAGGAUCUUGCAAGAAGCAAAGUGGAAAUAGACGAAAGAGAGUCGAAAAUUAAUACCGUUGUGCAAACCGAGAGUUCGCUAAAAUCCGAAGUCGACAAACAGAAGAGACUUAUUUAUCAGUUGAAACGUAGGUGCGAGAAUUUGGCUAAAGAGAAGGAGGAAACAUUGAAGAAGAAUCAAGAACUUUCGAAAGAGUUAGUUGAUUCGAAUCAAGUGAAAAGAAGCAAUGUAGACAGUUCGGGUGAAGAGAAAGAUGCACGUAUUCAGAUGCUCGAAAAAACCGUUGAAAAGCUUCGAGACGAGUCUAGAGAAAAAGAAGAAAAAGAUACACGGAUACAGAUGCUGGAGAAAACCGUUGACAGGCUACGCGACGAGGUUAAAAAGGGAAAAGACGAAAUCCGGAGUGAAAAGUCAAAGAAUCAAAAGACCGAAAAGGGUAUCGGUGAGGAAAGAUUAAAGCUGACAGACGACUUGGAGAAACACAAACACGCGUUAAAAACUCUCGUAGACGAAGUUGAAAAGCUGAAGAAUGAGGGUGACUGGUUUGAUGAUGUGGCAGCCGCCUGUCAUGCUGCUGUAGAAAAUUUCGAACAGAUGGCAGCACAUCACGUUUCCGGUGAAUUUGGAACUGUUACGGCUACAGAUACACCACCGAUUGAGUCAACUGUACCUGUACCAUCACGAACCGCCACAAGCGAGGUGGUUACUACUACUACGACUGCUAUGAUACCGGCAGAAGAGAGUGCAACUGCAAAGGCGCCGGCUGUAUCGAAACCGAAAGUUGAACCGCGUAAAGUUGCGAGGAGGUUAGUCAGGCCUCGUAUCGCAAAGCCCGAGCAACCGAAGCGUGAUAUGGAUAUGUCGGAAGCUGCUGACGCAAACGUUCUGUCAUCUGUACGCAAACGUCCCUCUACUUCAGAGGGACCGGGAUCACAUGUGCGUGACACCAGCGUUGCUGACGUGGCACCACCUCAAGUUAAGAAAUCCAAAGCGUCAGAACCACCACAUGACGGCGGUGAGGUUCCUGAAACCGUCACCGAAGAGUCCCCUGUUGGAGAUGAACUUCAAAACACUAAAGAGGAUGAGGAGGUAGAAACUGUUGGUGAUGAGCAGGCAGUUGAGGAUGAUGGUGAAGAGAAUGUGAACAAAACGGAAACUGAAGAACAACGUAAUGUUACUGAGGUGGAGCACACACAAUCACAGGCGGUUACUGGUGAAGGAGGAAGCGAGCCCGAAGAGGGAGAAAUGGAAACCGAUCAGGCGAGAUCACCGUCACCUAUGCCAGCUGAAGAAGACAUGAUUGAAGAAACCGAAACCCUAGGAGAUUUGGAGGUGAGUUCUCCGCUGUUAACAAUGGAGGACAACGAAGAUAAAACCGAAGAAGGUGAAAUCGAAGUAGAAGAAACGACUCCCGAGAGUUCAACUGAUAAGCAGCUACCUAAUGACGGGAAUGAUGAAGCAGGUUCCACCGCUGAAGAGGCUGCCAUUGAUCAUGUUCCCGCAACAACUGCUGUUCCUGUACCCGAGAAACCAUCGAAGACUUCUGCUAUGACUGAGCCGUCAGCCAGUGUUGGAAAUCAAGAUAGCAGCGUUAGCAGUGUGGUCCCCACAUCAGCGGGGCCCACACCAGAGGAGCCAGUUGUUGAUACAGGAUCCACCACUAUUAAUUUGAAUGAAAGAGCAAGGCAACGGUCUCUGCAGAGAAUGGCGGGCGCGCAACCUUUGCCGCCUGUCGCCAGGGGUCGUGGAAGGGCUGUGCGUGGUCGAACUCGUGGUGGACGCACUGGUCGUGGUGGUCAAACACCUGGUUCUCAAGGAAUGUGAUUCAAACGGUGGCACCUACACCUGAUGUUGACCUCUAUCAACUCAUUGUCAGUAAUUUGAAUGCAGAAAAAGGUGGGACAAUAAGUACAAAUGUCAUGAUAAAAGCUAAAGAAACUGAUGUUAAUUAUCAAGGUCUUGUAGAGCUGGAAUUGAAGGAAUCUUUUGGUUGAUUAUAAAAAAAGCACCUUUGAUGAUGGUCAACAUCUGGAAUCAGUUGCCAUGUUUGAUUAUUAUUUUUUUUUUUGUCAAGAAGUUGUAUUUGAAUUUACUUUCCUCGCUUGUGUCAAAGCAUUUUUUUCUUGCCGGAGAUUGGCUUUUUGUUUACCGUUUUGAGUUGGGGGUGUUUGAAAACUGUUAGAAACCAACUGGACCGGCCAAACUAAAGCAAGUUUUUUCACGGUGUGAUGACGGUUUGGCCUGGUAUGAAAUUUGCAACAAAGCCUUUC